UGUCUACUUUGAGAAUUCCUCCAGCAACCCAUACCUAAUCAGAAGGAUAGAAGAACUCAACAAGACUGCAAGUGGCAACGUGGAAGCAAAAGUAGUAUGCUUUUAUAGACGACGAGAUAUUUCCAACACGCUUAUAAUGCUUGCAGACAAGCAUGCUAAAGAAAUUGAGGAAGAAUCUGAAACAACAAUUGAGCCUGACUUGACUGAUAAACAGAAACAUCAGUUGAAACACAGGGAACUCUUUCUGUCACGCCAGUAUGAGUCUCUGCCUGCAACACAUAUCAGGGGAAAAUGCAGUGUUGCCCUUCUAAAUGAGACGGAGUCAGUAUUGUCCUAUCUUGAUAAGGAGGAUACCUUUUUCUAUUCAUUGGUCUAUGACCCCUCAGUGAAAACACUAUUAGCUGACAAAGGUGAAAUCAGAGUGGGACCUAGAUACCAAGCAGACAUUCCAGAAAUGCUCUUAGAAGGAGAAUCAGAUGACAGGGAACAGUCAAAAUUGGAAGUUAAAGUUUGGGAUCCAAAUAGCCCACUUACAGAUCGACAGAUUGACCAGUUUUUAGUUGUAGCACGUGCUGUGGGGACAUUUGCUCGAGCCCUUGAUUGCAGCAGUUCUGUGAGGCAGCCCAGUUUGCAUAUGAGUGCAGCUGCAGCUUCCCGGGACAUCACUCUGUUUCAUGCUAUGGAUACACUGUAUAGACACAGCUAUGAUUUGAGCAGUGCAAUUAGUGUCUUAGUACCACUUGGAGGACCGGUAUUAUGCAGAGAUGAAAUGGAAGAAUGGUCAGCCUCUGAAGCUAGUUUAUUUGAAGAGGCACUGGAAAAAUAUGGCAAAGACUUCAACGACAUUCGUCAAGACUUUCUCCCUUGGAAAUCAUUGACUAGCAUUAUUGAAUAUUAUUACAUGUGGAAAACUACUGACAGAUAUGUGCAGCAGAAACGUCUAAAAGCAGCAGAAGCUGAGAGUAAACUGAAACAAGUGUACAUCCCAACUUACAGCAAACCAAAUCCCAACCAAAUAUCCACCAGCAAUGGCAAACCUGGUACUGUGAACGGAGCUGUGGGGACCACAUUCCAGCCCCAGAAUCCCCUCUUAGGGCGAGCCUGUGAGAGCUGCUACGCUACACAGUCUCACCAGUGGUAUUCUUGGGGCCCACCUAAUAUGCAGUGUAGAUUAUGUGCAACUUGUUGGCUAUAUUGGAAAAAAUAUGGAGGGCUGAAAAUGCCAACCCAGUCAGAAGAAGAGAAGUUGUCUCCCAGCCCAACUACAGAGGAUCCCCGUGUUCGAAGUCACAUGUCCCGCCAGGCCAUGCAGGGGAUGCCGGUGCGAAAUACUGGGAGUCCAAAAUCUGCAGUGAAGACUCGCCAAGCUUUCUUCCUUCACACUACAUAUUUCACAAAAUUUGCUCGUCAGGUCUGCAAAAAUACCCUCCGGCUGCGGCAGGCAGCAAGACGACCGUUUGUUCCUAUUAAUUAUGCUGCCAUUAGGGCAGAAUGUAAGAUGCUUUUAAAUUCUUAACCUUAUAUGUUGUGCUUCUGACCAUUUCUGUCCUUCCCUUUCUCUCUCUCUCUCUCUUUUUUUUUUGUUUGCAAUAAACAUAAGUUCUUGUGUACAGCCUUUUAUUUGGUUUUUUUUUUUAAACGUUAUUUUUGUCUGCUACCAUUUAUAUCAUACCAACCUGAGGGGAGUGAGGUUGAAACCUCUAAUCUUUGUUAGAAAGUAGUGCUCAGCAAAAGGUUGGUUGGAGGUGAUCCUGUCCAGUAAGGUUUUGUGAUUAAAUGUGUAAGGAGCUCAUAUUGAAGCACUUACUACCUUUAAGGUAGUACCACAAUAUAAUCUAAGGAUGGUGUUAUAGUGAGACUGCAUUAUUGGGAGAAUGCAAUCCAGUCAUACAUAGAUUCAUUAAGCUUAAAUGAAAUUUUUCAGUUUAC